AUGGCCCCGAAAAUCCUAUUAAUUGUUGGAAGUGCAAGAAAGUUGAGACUAAGUCCCUCUAUCGCGAACUUAGUGGCAGCAACUGCAAAAGAAAUAUUUGGCGAAAACAACCUCGAAAUUAUUGAUGUCAAGAACUUGAAAAUCCCCUUUGAUGCUGAAGAGGGGAUUCCUAAACUUGGUGGCUAUACAAAUGAGCAGGUAAUCUCAUGGAGCAAUAAGGUUAAGCUGGCUGAUGGCUUCAUUGUAGUCUCACCUGAAUACAAUUAUGGCUAUCCUGGGGCAUUGAAGCACGCCUUUGACGUCUUGUACAAAGAAUUUACACAAAAGCCGGCAACAAUUGUGACAUUUGGCGGACAUGGGGGCUCAAGCAGCAAUGAGCAACUCCAUAAAGUGCUUGGGGAUGGAUUUGGCAUGCAUCUUACCAAGACAAGCCCUAAGAUCGCUUUGACGAGAGAGAUGGUCCUUUCUCAUGAAAUCAACGAAAAAGAAUUAACCGAAGCUAAUGGGCUGCAAAUUAAGGAAUCGAUUGAGCAGUUACAGAACCUUUUAAAAAAAUAA